UGUCUAAUCCAUAUCAUAUAUUUUUUGAAAAAGUGCCUGAAGCACUUGAAUUUAAAUGAGUUGCGAAAUAUAACUAAUUUAAAAAAUAUGAGAUGUGCUGGUAUCGUAUGAAGACAGGAAGCAUAACGUAGAAGCCGGUCAUGCGUAAUGUCAAUGCAAUUCGAGUUCAAUAACUCUUGUCAACAAAUUAGGAUGCAUUGCGAGCCUUAUCGUGGAUAUUCCUUUAAUAGCAAAAGCACGAUUGCACAAUAAUGUUUGUACAAGGAUCCAGCUCAGAGCCUAACAAGUCACGAGUCACUUUGCCAUAACAAUAGUGUCGCCUGAAGACCGUAGGUUACAUAUUGUCAUCAUUAUUAUUAUAUUAUUACAUUACAAAGUGAGUAAACCGGAAACGUAGGUGCCAUUGAUGAGUUAACUGAGGGCUCAACCACGCAGAGUCUUUCAUUGUUGAAAUGGCCAGUGUCCCAGCCAGUUUAACACAACCCGACUCACAGUUAUAAACUUUUCACGGUUCUUCGAACAAAUCAUCAUCAAAAGUUAUCUUAAUUUGUUAAUAAUUUACAGCCCGUUAAACAAAACUGCUGAAUAAUUAUUUUUAAUAACAAACUACGACUCAGUUCGCCAGCCCUCGUGUCACUAAAGUUACAUAAAUAAUUAUUUUUAUUUAUUUAACCCAUUAAUGAAAUCCAGUCAAGUGCGAAGGUUAAUUAGGAUUUUUUUUCUUCAAACAAUUUUAUGCAGAGGCCGCACAAAAGAAAAAAAGUCAAAGGAAAGUGUAAAUAAAGAAGAAGCUGACGACAGCAGAUGCUCUUGCUGUUUAAAACCGUUUAUUAUUGGCAAAGGCGUUGAUUGCAGCGACUGCAAAUCACGAAUCUACAAAAAAAGUUGCAGCCACUGGGACUUUGAGGACAAUAAUUGGCAUUGUCUGUUUUGCAAUCACCGAAGAUCGUGGUGUAAAAGAAACGAAAAGUGGUUUGAGACAUUCGGAAGCGCGGAAUCAAAUGCGUUUAAAAAAUUAUUUAUUACCACGGAGUCACUUCGUAGUAUAGAAGACGAGCAUGUUUUUAAUUCGAAUCCCGAGUUGGCAGCUGGCGGUUACGAAACCACGAACUCGAUGGAAAAUGUCCGCGAAAUAAUUGAAAAAAUAGUCGAAAGUCUCGUAGGAAAUGUUGACAAUACUCCGAUAGAUCGACUCUACACUCACGAAGCAUAUAAUAAAUUAAUUGAUGAGUAUGGUGUAUUACUGUCACGGAUUAUCAAACAUUUGGAAAAUUAUUUUCAAUCAUAUUCACACAAACCAGCCACAGAUAGACCUAGUAUGGCGCACACAGCUCUGCGUGAGCUUGUCGAACGUGCGGUUGAUGAGGCCCGCAAACUACCGGGACUUGGAGACACAGUAUCUACGAGAACUCAGCAAAAUACUAGUAUCAUCGAGCAAACCUACGAGGAUCUACUCGCUGCUGCCAUACUAAAUAAAGUAAUUGAAAAGUACCAAAAAGAUGCUGAUGGCAAUAGUCAUGUACAUGAUAGUUCCUCGAGAAAAUUCAUAAAUAAUAGAAGUAAAAUGAGUUUAGACAGAGAAUUAGAAGAUGAACUGACGUCACCAGAUUCUAGUAGUGAAAAUAAAAUCCGACGACGUAUUUGUUCGGACCCACUAUCACUUACGAUUGAAGAACAAAUCGAAGAAAUAACAACGACGUAUACAUCUGAUGAAGAACCAGAAUGUAUGAAAAAUAGUAUUCUUAAUUUUAAUAAUUCAAAACGUGUCCCAUUUCCGGAAUUUGGAAUGGACAUCGUUGACCCUUCGCAAGAAUCAUCAGAUAACAGCGAAGAUGAAGUCGAUGCAGCUCACGUAGAUCAUGUAACACCAGUCGAGUCAUGGGAAGAAAAUUGGCUGUUCCAAAAGAAGAAAAUCGCCAUUAAGUCGGAACCAGUGGCCAUGUUGGUGCCGAAUCCUAGCGCCGAUUACCGGGCUCUCAUCGGCGACAAAGACGCCGAGGACACCUCAGACUUGUCUGAAUUUUCGGCCCAAUCCGACGACGAAAUUGAGGAGGAAUUGAUUCAGGUUAUCAGCCAAGUCAGCCAUGAAGAAUCUUGUGAUACCAAAGACAAAGAAAUUAUCGCGAGUAAUUUGAAUGAUGAACGAAUUGAAACACAGGUGCAAGUUGAUUCUGCUGAAGCGCAACCGAUCUGUCACAAGACAGUUGAAACUGAUGAGGAAAUUGUAAGAAACGUUGACGGAUGUUCAAUUACAAACGGUAAUGACGUAAAGUCCAGUGAUGAUUUGGACGAAGAGGAAAUUUUAGUAGAAAGUAAUGAAAUGACAAAUAAUUCAAAUGUAAUUGAACGAGUGCCAAAAACGCCGACUUCAACGCCGACUAGAAAUUCGGUGUGCGAUAAUGAGGUUACGGAAAUAAAUAAAAAUUAUUGUAAUUUUGAAAAACUUAAUGCUAAACUCGAAUCUAUUGAUAUUGAAACGGAUGUUGAUAAUAAUGAUAACGAGUUAUCAGUUACUGGAAAUAAUGAUAAUGAUAAUUCGAAGGAAAUUCAAAUAAAUACGGAAGUUGAGGAAGCAAAUGAAAAUUUCAACGCAACUGAAGAUGGAAAAUGUCGCGAAGCUGCGGCUAAGAGCGAGUCUAAGAUAUCAGGAACAAAGUCAUUGGAACGGAGUAAAAAAAUCAAAGAUAAGGACCUUGAGCUGUCGGCUCCACCGCGACCAGGCACGAUCGCAGAACGUGAGCACAAAAAGUGGGAAAAUGCGGCACCUAUUGAAAAUAAUCCUUACAGUCCUGAGAAUAUCAACAAGAGACUUUUGGAACGGCAGUACGCCACCAGAUCAUCAGAAGUCACCGGAAAUUCUACAGUCUUACCAACUAGUCAAAGUCCUCCACUGCAAAUAGUUUUUGCAACAAAUCGACCAGAUAUUAAAAGAUUUGGCCGGGAUUAUUAUAUAAAUGAAGCGAAAUCUCCACGAGGUGAAAAAUUCCAACGUCCAGGCACAUCAAAUUCCAGUAGACCUAGCAGCUCAUUGUCUCAUCAUUCAAGUUCUAUUGGGAGUGAUUUCGAACAGCAGGAACCCUUCGAGCCAAUCGAAGCGUCCAAGUCGUUGAUAAUCACACAGUCGCAAAACAAUAAUAAAUAUUUUGAACGCGAGCGCAAGAACAGCAAAAACGAAAUAAACGCAAAAUUAAAUAAUCAGGGUACGAAUUAUAUCACUAGUGACAACAAAAAUACUUUUGACGAAGAUAACAAAAGGAAAAUACGGAGAAUCGACUUGCGGGCUUACGGUUUUGAGAACGAGUUCUAUGUAAAUAAUAACAAUAAUCAUAAUAAUAACAAAGAUUUUGAAAAAAUUCAGAGGAUUCCAAAUAAACUGGAUCUCAGGUCAUUUGGAUAUGACUCAGGCCUGAGGAGGACGCAGUCCAACAAUCAUUUGGACAGUAAAGUCAACAAUAGUUUUGUCAAGUUGAAGAUAAGUGACGACAACAACAAUGAUACUAGUGGCACUGAAGAAGUAAUCAGGAAAAUAAAUUUGAAUGAUGAUUACUGGGCCAGAAGUACAGAAGCUCUGAAUGAUGAAAAAAAAAUAAUUUUUGAAAAAUUCAACCGUAUAAAGGCUGCAAAGUCGGUUCCCAAUAUCGUCAGUGCCAAGACGGAAAAUUACUACACAACUGCAUCGUCUUCGACGAGCGACGAAGACGAAAAGCAUUUUGUUGAGCAAUUGACACGCGACAAUGAUGAGAUAAAAAUGUAUGGGAAUGAUUCGAUCAAGGAGAGAAUCAUAAAAUUGAUUGAUGGAGAGGUUACCAAUUCAAGUGACUUUAAUAGUUACGAGACGGACUCGCAGAGCUCGAAGACCGAGUCGACGGAAGAGCUGCCGAGGAGGUUUUCGACGCUAAAAGAAAUCAAAUAUUCGCUAGAGUCCCUUGAUGGAGUUGACAAAUUUAGUGACAAAGAAUUGCCAAUGCCUUCGGUAAAGAAAUUGGCCCAGGCUUUUAAUACACCGGAAACUACUAAGACUUCGAAAUUAAGUAAAAAUUUAAAUAAAGAACGACCAAAUACUCCGGAAAUUCAAAUAAUAAAAACACCGAGACAAAUGCACAGUCUUACCGCAAGAUCGCUGUCCAAAGAAUUCCGCGAGGGUCUGAGACAAAUUUCAGUAAAACCUCAAGCCCCGCAAUUGCAGAGUUUGAAUAUCGAGCAGUCAAAAUUACUGAUUGCAUCGGAAAAAAAUUCAAGCAAUUUAGACAAAUCCCUUGACAUCGACGUCAUAGCGCCCGGGAAAAUAAAAAACGGACUCGAAUUUUGGGAGCAGCUUCAAAAACGAAACUAAAGGAUAUUUGUAAAAUUAUACAUACAAAUAAUUAUUGUUAUUAAUAAAUUUAUCUAACUUAUAAAUAUUAUACACUUUAAUUAUUUUUAUUAACAAAAAAUAGUCAUAGACAAUAAUAUUAGUAAUUAAAAAUGACAUUAUUAUUAUUAUUAUUAUUAUUAUUAUCUUCCAGCAGCUAAUAUAAAUUUAUUUAUUUAACUGCACAUUUUUUAAAACUGCCAUAAAAAUAGUAUUAAAGUAAUUGUAACACUAACUCUAAUUAUAGGUUUUUUCUUUUUUUAUCAAUAUUCGAAAAAUUUUUAAUAAAAAAGUUGUGCCAAAGGACACAUGGAGUAAAAAAUAUUGUGACGUCAAAAACGUUUCUUGUAAAACAUCAAAAGAUUUUUUUAAAUUUCCACAUUUUUCUAGAUCGGAAAAAAAAAUUGAAUGAGUGUGAAUGUAACCAGUAUAGCAGACAGACAAAUUUAUAAUUAUAAAUAAAAAUAGUAAAUAAUUAAUAAAAUAAAAUUUCAAAAAAAUGCACUUAUUAAUUUUUUAAUUUUUUAAAUGUGCAUUUUUUUCAAAUUUUAUUUUAUUAAUUAUUUACUCUACUAAUUAUUAAUUAUAAAUUUGUCUGUCUGCUACAUUGAAAUUUAAAUUCAUAUCAACAUCAAUUGAUCUAUUCAAUUUCGCAAUCUUAGACCUAAAUAUUUUUUUAGCUUCGAUCUGAAGAGAUCUGAGUCAAGUUUCACCAAAAAAAUUUACGGUAAAAUAAAAAUAACACAAUAUUUUUUACUGUGUCGUGUUAUCAUCCAAAGAUGAUAUAAAU